AAGUGGGAGGGCCUGGUAGGGGCGGGGCCGAGGCUGGGCGGUCCCAAGCGUUGGCCCCCGGCGGCCAUGAUGAGGCCCCGCCUUUCGGCCUCGGCUGCUGCUUGUUUCCCGGCCGCCGCCAAUCCCCGAGGAUCAUCUAUCCUUUGGUGCAGGCAAAAAAGCAAGUAGCAAUUGGUCAGGGAGAAUUGUUGACUAGAAGUUGUACAUCAUUUUCUCAGAAAAAAUCUCAUAGGAUGAGGAAUUUGGUCUGGGUGCGCAUAUAGCAAAGUGGCAAUCACGCUGAGAAGAAUGGCAUUGAAGCAGAUUUCCAGCAACAAGUGCUUUGGAGGAUUGCAGAAAGUUUUUGAACAUGACAGUGUUGAAUUGAACUGCAAAAUGAAAUUUGCUAUCUACUUACCACCAAAGGCAGAAACUGGAAAAUGCCCUGCACUGUAUUGGCUGUCUGGUUUGACUUGCACGGAACAAAAUUUUAUAUCAAAGGCUGGUUAUCAUCAAGCUGCCUCCGAACAUGGCCUUGUCGUCAUUGCUCCAGAUACGAGCCCUCGUGGCUGCAAUAUUAAAGGAGAAGAUGAGAGCUGGGACUUUGGCACUGGUGCUGGGUUUUAUGUGGAUGCCACUGAAGAUCCUUGGAAAACUAACUACAGAAUGUACUCUUACGUAACUGAGGAGCUUCCGCAACUCAUAAAUGCCAAUUUUCCAGUGGACCCCCAAAGGAUGUCUAUUUUUGGCCACUCCAUGGGAGGCCAUGGAGCUCUGAUUUGUGCUUUGAAGAAUCCUGGAAAGUACAAAUCUGUAUCGGCAUUUGCUCCCAUUUGCAACCCAGUGCUCUGUCCUUGGGGCAAAAAAGCCUUUAGUGGAUAUUUGGGAACAGAUCAAAGUAAAUGGAAGGCUUAUGAUGCUACCCAUCUUGUGAAGUCCUACCCAGGUUCUCAGCUGGACAUACUAAUUGAUCAAGGGAAAGAUGACCAGUUCCUUUCAGAUGGACAGUUACUACCUGAUAACUUCAUAGCUGCCUGUACAGAAAAGAAAGUCCCUGUUGUUUUUAGAUUGCAAGAGGGUUAUGAUCAUAGCUACUACUUCAUUGCAACCUUUAUUACUGAUCACAUCAGACAUCAUGCAAAAUACCUGAAUGCAUGAAAACUUCAGAUAAGAGGAUUUGUUAAAGAUUAUAUAAAAUUUGUUCAAGAUUAUAAAAAGAAAAAUGAUUUCAAGACAUUGGAUUUCAUAGUGCUAACAAUGCAUCAUUCUGUAGUUGAAUCACUUUCCGAAUAAAUACGUAAAACCUG